UUGCACCGGACAUAGAGCUGAAAACGUAUCUAAAUAAAUUGUGAGUGUUUUUAGGGGUCGAUACAAACUUUCAAUUAUUCAUAAAACUUCUUUUUGCAGUGAGACCAGUCAGCUUAUUGUCAAGGUCGUGCACGGGUCGUGGCCAGCGCUCGGUGCAAGGCUUUUCCGGCUUUUCCAGAGAUUUCGGAACAGGAUAGAACAGGUUCUGUGGAGUGGCGAUGUGUUCCGCCAGAUCUGGAUGCGGUGGACGAAACGGGGGAUGCGCUGGGUAUAGUGCAUUCAAGCAACAAAAACUUCCUGCAUGGCAACCUAUACUAACUGCUGGUACAGUUUUACCUACGUUUUUCGUUAUUGGAAUUGCAUUUAUUCCUGUUGGAAUCAGCCUGUUAUAUUUCUCAGAUGAAGUUAAGGAAUUCGUGCUUGAUUACACCCAUUGUAACCAGACCCUACCAAAUGAAGCCAGCGAAACCAGUGACUGGUCUAUCACAAAUCAGACUUGUAUAAGUGUUCUACAAAAUAAACCCAACGAUACCUGUAUUUGUAGAGAAAAGAUAACUCUUAAAGAAGAUUUUCAGGGUAGUGUCUAUAUGUAUUAUGGUUUAACAAACUUUUACCAGAACCAUAGAAGAUAUGUAAAAUCUAGAGACGAUAAUCAGUUGUUAGGGAAUUUACGUAAUGAUCCUUCUCAUGAGUGCAUGCCAUUUGAUUAUACUGUGGACGAGAAUAAAACAAAAAGGCCCAUCGCUCCAUGUGGAGCUAUAGCAAACUCUAUGUUCAGCGAUGUCCUGAACCUUUAUUCAAGUAUAAACGACAACAACGAUUGGCAACAAGUUGACCUACUCAACACAGGUAUAGCGUGGGAUUCAGAUAAAAAUAUCAAGUUCCGUAACCCACCAGGAAACUUAACUGAUAUGAUAAUUUCUUAUGGUUAUGCUAAGCCGAAAGCCUGGAGAAAGGCGUUGUAUGAACUGGAUCCCAGUAAUCCAGAUAAUAAUGGAUUCCAGAAUGAAGAUUUUAUCGUUUGGAUGCGUACAGCGGCUCUGCCUAAUUUUAGGAAACUGUACAGAAGGGUUAAUCAUGCCAAGGAAGGGUUCAGGGAUGGCUUGAAGAAAGGGGAAUAUUUGCUGACUAUUGAAUAUAAUUACGAUGUGAGUACCUUUGAUGGUAAAAAACAAAUGAUUCUGAGCACUACCUCGCUACUGGGUGGCAAAAAUCCGUUCUUGGGCAUAGCAUACAUAGUGGUUGGAGUGCUAUGUUUAUUACUGGGCAUAGCUUUGUUGCUAAUCCAUAUAAAAUGUGGCAGGGGUACUAGUGAAAUGAUCAAUGUGAAUCCAAGAACACCAUAUCAGUAGAUUUGAGGUACCAAAAAAAAAUAGAGCUUGUGAUUUUGCACUGUUUAGUAUAAUAGUACCGAUAUGAACAUUGUUUUUUUUUAGUGAGAUAUAUUACUAAGUGUUUAGGUCAUAGUUUAUAGUUCUUAAGCACUAUAAUCUUAGCCAAAGUAUGUUUUAUACAUUUUUUUCUUUUUUACAGUAUUUAUCUUUCUAUAACAAAGAUUUUGUUGGUUUAUGAACAAUAAUAAUUAGAAGAAGUGCCA